AUGUCUAAUUGGUUGGGUGAAGCGAUUUCUCAACGUCAAAUUAAUUAUUAUGAAUAUUCUAGUUUCAAAAAUGUCCAAGAAGUUGGUAAGGGUGCAUUUGGUUCGGUGAGCUCUGCAUGGUGGGAAAGUCGUGGGAUAAAGGUUGCAUUGAAAACACUAAUCAAUGAUUGUGGGGAUUCUGACCCGAAAAAUGAAAAAUUUUUAAAAGAGCUUUUGCUCUUAACAAAAGUGAAUUACCAUCCUAAUAUCAAUCAAUUCCUAGGAUUGACCGAAGGUUUGUGA